GAGGUGGAGCGAGAGGAAGGGCUUGGGCUGGUUGUUGCCAGGGCAACUUGACAUCACAGUGACGAACUUCCCUCUUUAAAAGCUUUUAAAGCUGAUUGCUCCAGCCCUCCAGGCCCCAUUCUGAUGCCUCUUAACUGAGUUAGAGGGGGGAAGGGCAGAACGGGUGGCCUCUCUCACACAUAAUCAGAAGCCUGAGGAAAGAACAGAAAGGAAAGGGAAAAGGUGGCUUUCUAAAAGCUCGCUGCAGUGAAACAAAACCUUCCAGGAUUCUGUUUGUACAAAAAUCUGAAAGAGAGAGAGAGAGAGAUAGGUGCUUUACAAAAUGUCCGCUGAGGACUGCUUCAGUUAUAUAGUGCCAAAUGAGAAGCACAGAAGAGCACGCAAUUGGACAGAUUCAGAAAUGAAAGGGCUUCUGUACAUCUGGGAAGAGUACGUCACUGAGCUCAAGAAGGCCAAACGCAAUGCUAAGAUCUACGAAAUGAUGGCUAAGCGACUGUAUGACCUGACCGGCGAACACCGUCACAGGGAGGAGAUAAAGAUGAAAAUCACCAACAUGACAUUCCAGUACAGGCAAGUGAAGCUGAAGCACACAGCCAGUGGUGGUGGAGGCACACCUGACUGGCCAUAUUACAAGUCCAUUGAGAGGAUUUUGUCCAAGAUUCCAGAGCAGACCCAUAUGAGCCCACUGGACCCUCAAAUCACUGGAGCAUCCACUUCACAACCUGAACCCUCUGUACCCCAAGCCGGGACGCCAGUCAUCGGCUUUCUACCUGAGUACACUGGAUCCUCAGAGGAAAGGGAGGUCAAAGAGGAGGAGGAUGACGGCACAGACGUCUCUGUGAGUUCCUUUGAGUCCAGGUCUCAGCCUAUGAAGAGGCAGCGAUUGUCACACAGUACAUCACUGCGCCGCAGGAAGUUGCGUGUGAUGGAAGCGAUGCUGAAAGAGCAGAGGAAGAUGAGCCGUGCUGUGGAGGACACAUGCCGAGAGGUACGACGUGUAAUGCACCAGCAAAACUUCCUGCAGGUACAAAGCCUGCAGCUCCAGGAGCGAAUGAUGAACUUGCUGGAGAAGAUGAUCCCAUCCACAACCCACCUUACAAACACACAUACCUGAGUGUGACCUAGCCAGCAUUUAUGUGCUCCUCAUAAACUGGUAUUCACAGCUUCACAAUGUUUUUUGUGCUUCAGCAGUGAAGCUAUUGAAAUACAUAGUUCUGUUUAAUUUGCAAUUGUUUUAUUUUACAGCAAUUGCGGAAGGUGGACUAUCACAAAGCUGCUAUAGCCAGUGAUCUCACAUCUCACUAACUUGAUGACUCAGAGUUUGGAAGUGUAUUGAGUUUGCAGCUGUACAAAACUCAGAAUCACAAUAUACGGUGUCUUACAUGAAAAGAACACAACACUAAUUGAAAUAAACACACAGUACUUGUUUACUAUUUUAUCUUUGGUACUACAUUGUUUAAGUAUUGUUAAAGGAUUUCAGAUGUUUCUUUAUGAUGCUAUACAUAAUGAUCACAUUUUGUUCUAUUGUAUGUGUGUAUUUUUUUUUUAAAGAAAAAGCUGUGACUUUAUUUUGUAACUUCUGUAAAGCCUUAUAUAAACUGUUCUAGUUGUCUGUCUGUGUUUGUGUUUUAUCACUGAAGCCGCUGUGAAAGCAGUAACAGCCACGACCACCUGAAAUGCAGCUAGGAUUUACAGACCCAUAAUGUUGUGUAUUAAACACCUGAAUUAAAUGUGUGAUAGCUUAAACCAGUGGUUCUCACAGUGGGGUCCAGUGACCCCCAAGGGUUCACAAAGCAUAGCCAGAGGGUCAUUAAUUCAUUCAUUCAUUUAUUAUUACAGUGAUGGACAGUUAUUUGUCUUAUAUAGUUUGCCUUGUCACUUUAAUUGUAUGGGUUUGAUCCAAUCCUCAAUAACUAAAAAAGGACCUAUACAUAAUGUCGUCUUGGACCUAAUGUGAUUGUCCAGGAAUAAAAAGCUCCAUAAAUAGCCAGAAUAUUACUGAACACAUUGAAAGAAUGAGCCUAAUAUUUGAAUAUCUGGAUUAUGUUAAAUAAAUUUCACAUUUUAAAUGGGUCCAUUGGUUGCCAAAAUGUUGAGAACCACUGCCUUAAACAGCUAUUUCCCGUAAUCAAUUAAUAAACAUUUAGCAGACCCAUGGCCAGUGCAGCUAUAUAACUCGGCUCAUGGGUAAAGCCACGCGUUCACCAGAGCACAUUGCCGGAGUUCUGUAGUGGGCGGGGCAACGCUCAGGGUUCUCCGCCCAC